CCACCCACCCACCGACGUCAGCCCGGCUCCCGCAAACCGCUCGCCCGUUAUUUAAGGCAGGCCCCGAGCCACGGUUUCCUGCAGCCGGCGGCACCAUGAGCUCGAUUCGAGAUCAGCACAGUGUGCCGCUCAACGAUGGCAACUGCAUCCCGAUCCUGGGCUUGGGAACAUGCGCCCUGGACAAGCCUGUCAAAGGUGAGACUACAGAGGCUGUGAAGACUGCAAUUGAAGUUGGGUACCGCCAUUUUGAUGGAGCUUUAAUGUACGGCAAUGAAGAUGAAGUUGGUGAAGCUAUUUGUGCAAAGAUAGCUGAUGGAACAGUAAAACGGGAAGAUAUAUUUUACACCAGCAAGGUCUGGAUGACUUAUCUUUCUCCCCCCUUGGUCCAGAAAGCCCUGGCGAAGACUCUGAAGAGCCUACAGCUGGACUAUGUUGAUUUAUACCUUGUGCACUGGCCAAUGGCUUUGAAGCCCAGUGAUGAGCUGAUCCCCAAGGACGCAGAUGGAAAGGUUCUUAAAGAUGACGUGGAUCUCCGUGAAACUUGGUUGGCCAUGGAAUGCUGCAAGGAUGCUGGCCUAGUGCGUUCUAUCGGAGUGUCUAACUUCAACCGCAGACAGCUGGAGAUGAUUCUAAAGAUGCCCAAUCUGAAAUACAAGCCGGUGUGUAAUCAGGUGGAGUGCCAUCCUUAUUUAACCCAGAAUAAACUACUGAAAUACUGUCAGUGCAACAAUAUUGUUCUAGUGGGCUACAGUCCCUUGGGAACACCACACAAUUCUGAGUGGUUAAGUAAAAAAAAUCCUGUCCUUCGAAAUGACCCAGUGCUGUUAAAGAUUGGUGAGAAACAUAGUAAAACAGCAGCUCAAGUAAUCCUACGUUACCAAGUGCAACGUGGCGUGGUUGUUAUUCCAAAGAGCUUCAAUCCUGGUCGCAUGAAGGAGAACAAAGAGAUUUUUGACUUCCAGCUGACUGAUGAAGAGAUGGGAAGUAUCAAUGGAUUAAACAAGGAUGGCCGAUACAUAAUUCUUGAAGAGUUAAUAGACCAUCCCAUGUAUCCAUUCCAUGAUGAAUAUUAAUAAGAUCUGCAUGUGAUGAGUGUCUCAGUAAUGAUGCAACUGUAUGAACAACAUCACAGGCCAGCAAGGAAUCCAAGGUCCCAUGGAGAAGAUGGUUUUCUUAGACAAAAAAAAUAAAAUCUGAGCAG